AUGGCUCGAGACUCUUUCGCUGCACAUGAUUCAUCUCCCUAUGUGCCACCCAACGCAUCUUUUGCGCAGAAAGACAAAGGUUCCAGCUCCUCUCAUCAUUCUGGUGGGCCCCCACCAUCAGUAUUGCAACCCGAGCAUGCUUUGCAGCCUUACAGAGAGGACAGCGAUGAUGAUGCAGAAAGUGGUUCCAUGAUGGGCGCGUGGCAGCCAUUCUCAGGUCCAGGUCCCUGCAGCUCAUAUGACCGCAUAUCCAUUAGUCACCUCCCCAACACUCCAAUUCAGGUUUCUCCCGCAUCUGUGGCGGUCGUGCCAUACACGCCUUUUAUGCUUUGUUCUUACCUUGUCCUACUUUGCAUUUAUGAUGUACCGCCUCGUGAUUCUUACGGCCGGAAUCAGGAAUCGGGGACUGGUGCACAAGCACCGUUACGAUAUGGUAAUAUAUAUCACAUUAUUCCACCUCGACGACUCGUGCACAAGAUACCUAUUGAAGACUAUUUUCAAGCAUGCAUGUGUGGCCAGCGCUAUAGUGCACAUACGCCAUCUGUUGCUCCUUCAUCCAAUGCUGGUGCAUCGAGCAUGAACCUUCCCAUGCCACUACAACUGAGCUUACUUGCAGGCAAUGUUGCAACCACACCCUCGCAAGCUUCACGUUUACUCAAUGCACCUAUUGAAGCUACACACUCUUCUGAUUUCUUCAACUCCUUACCACGGCAUUCUAUUCCAUUCUAUUCCAUGCCAGCAUCCAGGUCUGACACGGUCCUACCAUUGGCAGGUGGUACGCAGUCUUUGGUAUCCUCAUAUGCACCACAUGCUGCACAAUCACCCAUCUCACGAGGGCACAUGGCGUUCAGUGUACCCAUGACAGGCAUUACAAUGGGAACCUUUGGUGCACGAGGGCGUGGGCGUGGUCGUGGUCGAGUUCACCCUGUCAUGCAAUCAGCACGAACAUUGAAGAUACAGCUGAUCAUUUUGCCAAAAGAUCUUCUGAAUCUAUACGAUGUCGAUGAUCCAUCAGUGUCUGACGAUGACACUGUAGUUACUACACGUAUGCGUGCUGGAGAAGCAUUAGCUGCAGACUUGCGCUUUCUUGCCAAACAUGGCUUGAAUAGGCAAGUCACAUUAAUCGUGCAAAGACCUCAAGACUAUUUACUUGAUCAGAUUGCUGAUGCGGUCAGAGAUAUGGCUGUUGACGCAAAACUUGCCUUUCCAGCAUGGCAGCCAGAAGCCCUUGACCUCGAUGGUGAUAACACGAACCGCGAGAUGCGCAUCCAGUUCCAUGAACUUCCUUUCCGUUUUGUUCUACCAGGCAAUGCCAAUGCCUCCCUCGGCCAACGCUACAUUCGCAUCGACCAUUCAUUUUCUUUCCAAAGUCUGCAAUUCAGCAUUUUUCAGAAGUGGUGCUCACGAGUUACAAAUCCUGCAGACCCGACUGUUGGGUUAUUAUACAUCUGUCCCAAGGGAGGGCCAAUUGUAGGUCCGGUCAACCCUGGCUCCCCCGUCCAACAUUAUUGCUUCGCCAAUAGAAUCAUGGCCCAUCUUGUACAAGGCAUCAAUGACCCUCUUGGAACACCUGACCAUUUUCAAACUGUAACUUGCAAGGCAUCUUGUCCUGAAGAUGAUGUGCCUCAAUCACCUGUAGCUGUGUCCUACGUUCCAUCCACACCUAGCACAAGUGUGUCAGCCACUACUACAUCGUCUUCCAACUUUUCCACUGGCAGCAAUAUUUCAUCCUCAAACCUUACCCGAUACCACAAUCGUGAUCGUUCAGCCUCGCCAGGACGCACAUCAGCUGGCAAUAUGUUUCACACCCAGUCUCAAUCUUGUGGACGUACAGCUGAACGCCUGACCCCUUACAUUCAACGCCACUCAGUUUCCUCAUCUCCAGAUAAUCUCGUGCUAGAUUCACCGGAACUAGCUGCAUCAUCCGAGCCAUUACACUCCACCACGUCCAAUGGUGCUGCUCCAUCUGUACAGCUAGUUGAAGACAUAGUCAUGGAUCUGCGUCCUGUAAUCCAAUAUCGUCGUCAUCAAAAUAGACACACAUUAUCUCCACUACGUCCUUUCCCUGCCCAGCCUGGGCGUAAUUCUACUAUGCCUCUACCUGAUCAGGUUCCAUCGACAUCUUCUUCAUCCGAAGAUCGAUCCAGGAGCUCCAUCCGAGUCAAUCCAAACCCAGGCACUAUCCUUCGUCGUUCAACCAGAUCUAGACGUGGAUCUCAUACUCCACUAGGUUCAUAUGAUGACACCGGGUCACCAAUCAUACCCUUCGAUACUGCAGCAUUUGUUUCAAUAGAUCAGCUGCGUCGGAGCAUUGAUGCAUCAGUAGAUGUGGGUCAUUCAACCAGCAUCCUUCGCAUUGAAGCGGAAUCUAUUAUCCAUGCUGCGAAUGGACUUGUUGGCUGGCUUGGGCACCAGCGCCUUCACAUGGACAACUCCCAUCCAUACAAGGCACCAAAUAACGCUAUAAGCUUUGUCGUUAGUCCAGAUGCCCCCGAGGAUCGCCUAAACAUCUUUUCCAAAAUAUGGCAGGUGCAGGCUGGACAUCCAGAUGCUACCGACAGCAUCGGAGAUGGCGUAUUGCGCCAAGUUAUUGAGAGUGCCCUCACUAAGUGCAUAUCAUGGAAGCCCAGCUGCACUUCCGCAGACAGUGGUGAUGGAGGGGAAGAUGGUGAUGGUGAUACUUGUGAGACGCUUGAUGAUGGAUAUGUCACCCUGAAGAUUUCAAGUUUUCCUUCUGACGAGAAGCUUGAUAUUGUGUUUGCUCUGGGACGACUUGCAGCGAUCUAUAUGAUCAAAGUUGGCAAUGGGCCUGAUCCGAUCUCACCAGCUCUUCUGGAGUGCAUUAUCAAUGGUGUUGAUGUCAUUAUAAACCUUCCCUGGCUUUGUCAAUUUCAUCCAUCUCUGAUGCAGACACUUGUACUUUUUCCAAUAGAGCACGGUGGAGAAAUGCCAAGUGAUGUGCAGGAUUGUCUUAGACUAGUGCGUAUCUUUCAAACACAUAUGGGUUCCACGUACGGCGAGAUUGUCCAAGCCUCGAAAGAUCAAUGGCCGCAAAUCAAACGUGAUUUCUUCAGCAGCGCACUACUGGGACAUCCUGCAGCGAAGAUAAUCAACUCUAAGGAAUUCCAUGCAUUCAAAGAUGGUUUUGAUAUGUUUCUGACAACAUCAUUGGGAUCUCUGUGUCAUUCAUUGGCGCCAGUAUCAAAGAAGAUAUUUCAAGAUAUAUUCAACCGGCGUGUGACGGUGGAUGCACUAAUCCCACUAUUACGAUUUGAAAUAGAUGGUGAUGCAGUUUUCCGCGCACACAUGUCUCCGAUGGUCCAGUCUUUCCAAGAUGCAUUCUAUCGCUAUCUUAGGGGCAGUGGACAUUCUAAUGACCCUUUAUUUUCUGCUUUCACUGUUCGGGAAGGUGCCACCACUGAUCCUAAUUAUCGUGCUCGCCGCUUUGUCAAAGUAUUGAGUGGGAUUCACCUUCUGCCACCCACUACACUCCGAGUAUUCAAGAUCAACCUCGUACAACACAUUCCAGAUAGUGUUACGUUUAAUGGUCAAUAUAAUAUAGGUUAUCUUUUUGUGUAUAGUGAUGUGCACGGCCCGGCUUGA